AUGGAUCGAGUCAAAGCCUCUCGUAACAAUCCGAGACAUAUAAACAAGGAAGUUCGUUUGGGAAAAUAUCAUAACCAGUGCAAUGGUCAGGCAGAGGCGUCCAACGAGAUCAUCUUAGAUGGGAUUAAGAACAGGUCUACGGGAGAAUCCCCAUUUGUGUUGGCUUAUGGAGCAGAGGUUGGCAUUCCCUUAGAAAUAGACCUUUCAACUCUCCGAACGCAGAUGUUUGAGGAAGGCAACAAUGAUAUGACAAUGGAGAGGAACCUGGAUUUACUGCAGGAAAGAAGAGAUCAGGCUAUGGUGUGUCUGGCUGCCUACCAACAAGUGUUGUCCCGAUCCUAUAAUAAAAAUGUUAAGACAAGAAGCUUUGAAGUUGGGGACUUCGUCUUGCGAAAAGUCUUAUCCCAGACUAAGGAUCCUACCGAUAGAAACUAG